AUGGAAAAGCUAUUGGCCAAACUUUCUCCCAAGCCUCAAUCCUCUCCUUUCAAGCCUGUUGAGAAUCGAGAGAUACUCACGAGGCUGUCCGAGCAACAAGCCUUGCUUGAGCAACAGAACCAUCUCCUGACAAGCAACAGUGCUUCGAUCGAGGAUCAUGUUGAUUGCGACAAGAAUUCUGCAGUGAAGCCACUCACUUCGACAUUGGAAAUAUCGCAUGCCACCGAGACCAUAGAUAAUGCUUGCUUUGUCCCCACGAAUACUGAGACGUCUGAAGUGCUCCGCCUCAAGAAGGAACUGCUCGCUGCGAAUUCUAAGCUGGCCCUCCAGGAGCAAGAACUCGCACAAACACGAGUUAUCAAACACACUCUGGAUCAAGCUCUUGGAACACCCUCUGAAGCUGACUUCAACGGGCGUGAAGUCACCGAGCACACAAUAAGCCAUUUGCAAAGUGCCUUCAACGCGUCCAGCUCAACCUUCACGCAGCCGCAUGAAGGAUGGAAUACCCAUGACGAUUCACAAUCAGACGUCUCUGAAACACUAUCCACAGGCGCGUACAGCAGGGCUCGAGGAUUCUGGUGGCCCCAGACGCAGCAGGUAUUCGGCAUGCAUAUGAAUGCUCCAGCUGGUGAAAAGGCCUACGGUGAGCAUGUGUCUCUCUCAAGCAAUACCUUUGGUCCAGAAGCCAACAGGUUCUGGACCAACCCCACUGCAAGUCUUAGCAUGAAUGGCUCUUUUCAACCACAUCGAGUUCUUUCGGGUCCCUCCUUCGGGACCUGUAAUUCCACUACGCAAUACUCUGAGGGUCCAACUCGGUAUCUUCAUAGCCCAAAUAGUGCUCAGCGACGCUCAGUACCCCAUGUCAAUCGUGCUGGCCCUUGCUUUUCAGCCCAGAAUCCUUCGUGGGAAGCGUCGUUUAAUACUGCAUCUCCCAGCAACCAGCUUCCGCGAGCCCCUACAACUCGACCGUGCAGCACGUAUCAGCAGGUGGGUUUAUACCCAAUCCCACCUUACCAAAGACCUAUCGGAACCUCGCUUUCGCCUACGGCAAAUGAGUUUACUUUCUCUGGCGCAAAUGCGGUGCCCUGGACGACAUCUCCGGUCGGCCCAACCACUUUGCAGACCUAUAUCUCUCCUCUUGAACCACUCAACUACCGUCGGCUCCUCGAUAAAAAUGUGUCUUGCGACUGGAAAUAUAUAGUGGACAAAAUUGUCUGCAAUAACGACCAGCAAGCCUCUAUCUUUCUUCAACAAAAGCUCAAAGUUGGAACAGCUGAACAGAAAUAUGAUAUCAUUGAAGCAAUCACACAUCAGGCGUAUCCGCUCAUGGUCAAUCGUUUUGGUAACUUUCUUGUCCAACGUUGCUUCGAGCAUGGAACUACAGAACAAGUCGUUGCCAUAGCAAACGCCAUCAAGGGCAACACGCUGAGCCUUAGCAUGGAUCCAUUCGGAUGUCACGUGGUUCAAAAGGCUUUUGACUGUGUCCCAGAAGAACACAAGGCUGUCAUGGUUCAUGAGCUUCUUCGCAGAAUUCCAGAAACGGUUAUUCAUCGGUACGCAUGUCAUGUGUGGCAGAAGCUUUUCGAGCUGCGUUGGAGCGGGGAGCCUCCUCAGAUUAUGGCGAAGGUCAAUGAAGCCCUACGAGGAAUGUGGCAUGAAGUUGCUCUGGGUGAAACUGGCAGUUUAGUAGUCCAGAACAUUUUUGAGAACUGUGUAGAAGAUGAGAAGCGUCCGGCUAUUGAAGAAGUAUUGGCAAAGAUCGAUGUGCUCGCCCAUGGCCAAUUCGGAAACUGGUGCAUUCAACACAUCUGUGAGCAUGGCGCUCCUCAAGACAAGAGCCGAGCCAUUGAACACGUUCUCCUUUGGUCAGUCGAUUACAGUAUGGAUCAGUUUGCCUCCAAGAUCGUUGAAAAAUGUCUCAAGAUAGGGGGCUCCGAAUUUUUGGAUCGCUACCUCGCCCGGGUCUGCACUGGCCGUACUGAUAGACCCAGAAUGCCCUUGAUCGAUAUUGCUGGAGAUCAAUAUGGGAACUACCUCAUCCAGUGGAUUUUGAUGAAUGCUGCACCUCAUCAGCGUGAAUUGGUCGCCAGCCACAUUCGGAAGCACAUGGUAUCUUUGCGUGGCUCCAAGUUUGGUUCACGCGUGGCAAUGCUCUGCUGCAAUCCAUCCCAUACCACCCGUCCCGGACCCGGAGCGGGCAUGCAGAUCGGCCGUUUCAGCAAUCUCAACGAUGACCGGUAUCAUCUGGCAGGCCAAAAUGGAGGGAGAUUCAGCCGCGGAAACCAGUGGAAUCCAAACUAUCCACCAUUUCGUUGA